AUGGCUGUGUUAUCGACGCUUUCUCUUGGCUUGUGGGCCCAGGGCCUUAUCGCUCUGGGACUUUUGUGUCUCACAAAGCUGAUUUGGGAUUAUUUUCUCUCCCCAUUGAAGGCUAUACCCGGUCCAAUCCUUGCAAAGACUACAGAUCUCUGGCGUGCUGUUCAUACCUACCGGGGGCGUGUCGAUCUCAAGCAUCUUGACUUGCAUCGCAAGUAUGGAACUGCGGUGCAGAUUGGACCCAAUUGCGUGAGCAUUUCGGACCCGAAUUUGAUCCGCACUAUCUACUCGACUCGUAAUGCAUGGAAGAAGAGUGAUAUGUAUAGGCCAAAUGAUGUGCUUAUCGAAGGUCAUCGUUUGUCCAACCUCUUCAACUCCCAGGAUGAAGAGUGGCAUGAUCAGAACAUCCGACCUAUUCGCGGACUCUGGAGUAUGACCAAGGUUCUGGAAUACGAACCCCUGAUCGAUGAGACUCUUACCAAGUUUGUGGACAAGCUUGCGCUAAGAUUCGUCGAUGGAGCAAAUGCUGGCAAGGUCUGUCCAGCAGAUGAAUGGAUUGGAUUUUUCGCUUGGGAUGUCACGGCAAACUUCAGCUUUGGCCGUCACUAUGGUUUCAUCGACCAAGAAAAAGACGUCGACAAUCUAAUCACCGACUCAACUGCUGGUUUGAUCUACUUCGCCCCAGUCUCCCAGAUCCCCUGGAUAGAUAAUCUCCUCGACAAAAAUCCCAUAAAACGAAUUGGCCCCAAACCAACUCUAACGGGCGUCUUGUACGCUUUCAAAGUCGCAGCAGAAUACCAAGCUCAACUAGCCACCGAAAAGACCACCGCCGGCUCAGCAGGCGUAUCGCACACACUAGACAAAUAUGUGGCUCUAAAACAAUCAAACCCUGACCUAGUGAACGAUCAACAGAUUGUCAACUGGCUCAUGCUCAGUAUCCUGGCAGGUGGUGAUACUAGUUCCGCAACAAUGCGCGCAGUAUUAUAUUACCUCGCAAAAGCGCCAGCAGCAGCCGCAAAACUAUCAUCCGAGCUGGAGGCAGCUUCGCUCCCCACUCCAGCACCUUGGGCGCUGAUACGGGACCUACCCUAUCUGGAUGCCGUGAUCCGGGAGGCUAUGCGUGUUAAUCCUGGUAUCGCUAUGAUAUUCGAGCGUGUCGUCCCUGAGGGUGGUUUCACGCUUCCGGAUGGACGGUAUCUUCCUGCUGGAACGAAGGUGGGAUCUAAUCCGUUUGUUACGGGUCGGGACUAUGGUGUUUUUGGCGAUGAUGCCGAUACCUUUAUUCCUGAUCGCUGGCUUCGGGAGAAGAAUGAGAGUGAGGAGGCUUUUGAUGUGAGGUUGCGGCGGAUGAAGGAUACAGUUGAUUUUGUAUUUGGGGGUGGUGGGAGAAUUUGUAUGGGGAGAUAUCUGGCUAUGUUGGAGAUUAAGAAGUUAAUUGCAACGCUUUACAGCUUGUUUGAUAUUCAACUUGUUGAUCCUCAGCACGAGUGGAAGUAUCGGGAUGCUUGGUUCGUGUAUCAGUAUGAUAUGCCGAUGAUUAUUCGGCGUCGUGCUGCAGCUCAGUGA